AUGUCAGGAGUAAGGGCAACCACGUAUGCUGAGGUACUAGAAAAAGCCCUAGAAGCUGAGUUGUGUGAAAGUCGUAUACAGAAAGACAAUACAGCAAGGUGGGAGGCCAGAAAGGCCAGUAAUGGAGGUGGUGAUAACAAAAGAAAACUGCCAAGUAACCAACACAACGAAGCCGACAAGAGAAACAAGAUAGGGUCCAAUAACUACAAAGGGAAGAAGCCAUAUGUGGAGUACCCCCUAUGCCCAACAUGUGGUCGUAAGCAUCCGGGAGAAUGUCGACUGAAAGGCAAGACUUGUUACAAGUGUGGGCAACCAGGCCACUAUAAGAAGGACUGUCCACAAAAGGGUGAUCAACUCAAGGAUGACAAACUUGUCCCAGCUCGAGUAUUUGCACUAACCAGAGGGGAGGCUGAGACUAGUAACACUGUGGUUGCAGAUAAGUAAGCCUGUAAGCUUUCGGUGACAAGUUGAGUCUGGGCAGCAUGGGGUGUAUCUCGUGUGAUCAUGUAACUGCGUGUGGUCUUGGCCAUCUUCCGCUGAAAGUUUUUUUUUUAAUUUAUUAAACUUAUCGAGGAUGUUGUCGUUUAAAUUUUCUAUUACUUUUCCCUAAGUGGUAAUACUUUAUUUUCAACUGGGUACCCAUGUUUUGAAAAGUGUU